GACAUGAGGUCCACUUUUUUGAUAAAGAAAAAAAUUUUCGUCGCGGAUUGGAUUGGUAUAGUAAACAAAUGCCAAAGGCAUGUCCAGAUGACGUAAUAAUAGAGAAGACUCCCGCCUAUUUUACUGCAAAUCCACAAGUUCCCCAACGAGUAUUUCAAUUUAACCCAAAAAUUAAAUUUAUUCUCAUAGUGCGUUCGCCUGUUACUAGAACUGGUAAAUUAGAAAAUUUUAAUUUAAAAUUAAUUUAA